AUGCCGCUUCUCGAUUCCGCAUAUGCUGGCUACACCAUCGCCGCGCUUUGCAUUGUUCUUCUCAGAGGAUUGACUUGCUCAAUUACUCACGUACCUGGCCCGUGGCAUACCCGCUUCGUCAACUAUGCUCUCAAGUAUCAUGUUCUCGCAGGUCAGCGGAUGCACUACGUACACUCUCUUCACCUGAAGUAUGGAUCAUUUGUACGGAUCUCGCCAACCGAAGUUGCAAUUGCAGACCCCGACUCGUUUAAUGCAAUCCACAAGAUUGGAUCUGGCUUCACCAAAGGGCCAUGGUACUCAGAUGUCACGGCUGGGCGCGAGCCGGGUAUCGUUUUCAUGACCGAUCCCAAGGAGCAUGCUUUGAGGCGUAGGCUGCUUGCCAGAGCAUUUACGACCAACUCGUUGCGUGAGAACUGGGAGCCAGUUGUUCGAGAGAAGGUCGAAGUGGCCGUCAGCCAUAUUCGCGCGGAUGCUUUGAAGGGCAAUGCCGAUAUUCUAAAGUGGUGGAUGCUCAUGACGACGGACGUUAUUGCCCACUUGUCUUUCGGCGAGUCAUUCAAGGCACUCGAACUCGGCGAGAAAAGCCCCUACAUCCACGCCUUGGAAACGCUCUUCACAGCUUCAAUGUUUCGGCGCGAGGUGCCUUUUCUAUUCUACCUCGCCCAAUACCUACCCUUUCAGUACCCUAAGCAGCUUGCGAACGCAGGGCGAAUCAUCGGCGAACAUGCCAGUAUGGCCACAAGUAACCACCAAGGCAAAGGACAUUCUGCAAACCUGUUUAGUAACAUGCAAGCUGCAUGUGAGGAAAAGAUCGAGUAUAACCUGACCCCGGAAAAGUUGAAAUCAGAGGCGACGAACCUCAUUGUGGCAGGCUCUGAUACCACCUCAAUCACUCUCACUUACCUCAUCUGGGCGGUGCUCAAGAAACCUGCCCUCCAUGAAAGUCUUCAAGCGGAGCUUGACAACCUAAGAGAUGAUGAACUCAACGACACUACUCUCGAGAGACUACCGCUUCUCAAUGCCAUUAUCGAAGAGACGUUGCGCAUGUACGGGGCGGUGGCAGGCAACCUGCCUAGGUCUGUACCUCCGUGUGGUGUGACGCUUGGUGAAUUCUUCAUUCCUGGCGGCACGGUUGUAGAGACGCAAGCGUACACCCUUCACCGUGACCCCAAUGUCUUUCCAGACCCUGAGACAUUUAAUGAGACUCGGUUUCUUAAUGAGGGACUGACAAAAGUGCAGAGGCGAUCAUUGGCUCCUUGGGGAGCCGGGACUCGGGUUUGUAUCGGAGCACACUUGGCUCGCAUGGAGCUACGGCUCGCCGUUGCAGUAUUCUUCCGCAAAUGUCGAGACAUAAGACUAGCUGAAAGCAUGACCGAUGAUCUGAUGGAUAUGCGCAAUGUUUGGCUAAUUAGUCCUGUCGGUCAUCGUUGUGAUGUCACACUCAAAUAA